UCACUAAGACAGUCGUAAGUACUGAGUUUCCURUAACGACUAACUGCUGUUCUAAUGUGCGCUUGGUCUUCGUCACAAGAUUCUCCACUAGAAAAUACAACUUUCUUUUUCGGCUUUUUACGCACAGGAAUCUUUGACGGUCUUAUUUUUCGGCUAUGUGACGAAUGACCUUGAACAACCGAAGCCAUUUAUCGACUUCUUCCUACAAUUUGUUUGAAUAUUUUUAGAACUAGCUGUUGACGUCAUACAAUUAAUUUSCGUCCGUCAAUUAGCUAAUUACCUCUUUUACCAUAUUGACAUUGGGAUACCUGUGUAAUCUUACAUCUAAAACGAAAUAUAAAUUUUGGAAGCAAAAGCAGUUGGCCAACCUCCUCCCUUUUCAUGAUUCAUAGAACUAUACCUAAAAGGAGAAAAAAGGGCUUUCAGAAAGAAAAAAAGUGAUCAUGACCCCGACGUGAUUUGAACACGCAGCCUUCUGAUCUGGAGUCAGACGCGCUACCAUUGCGCCACGGAGUCAUCUUAUUGGAAAGUUGUGAUUCAACAAUAUUUAUUGCCAAAAGCUAUUGUUGCAAAGAUUAUGAUCUGAUAUGGCGUCCGCUUUCCUAUAAAAUAUCACUGUAAGAACAGAAAGUAAAAAAGAACAAACAAAAAAACAAGCGAACAAAUUCAUUCCUGUAUUUAUUUGGCGUCGAUGUCAUGAGAUAUGUCGCUGGUUCGUUUCCAUGGUAAUUUCAUAAUGGCGGCUACCAACAUAUGAAGAGACUUCCGAAGCGAAGAAACACUGUAUAUUGCAACAUGUUUGACUCAAGUGCAUAUACAUCGAGAGGGCGAUUUAAAAAGACGAGAUUCACUCCUUCAUCUGUUGACGAGACGUUAUUUGGUGAACGGCGCACCACACUAGAACCUGAUCCAGUUCCUAAGUUUGAACCACCUUGGGUUGACAAUGGAAAAACAAAACUUAAACCACCACCAAAACCACUACUUUUCUACUGUCCUGGUUCACCGUCACGUCCAACCUCGAGCUCUCGCACUACUAACACUACACCAGAAAGAAAAUAUAAACCCACGAAAUUCUCUCCUACAGUUAUUGAUCACACUUUGUUUGAUAGUGGGAGAACAAAACAAGGAGUCAAGACGGACAAGUUUUUCACAUCUAUGCCGCACCACCAACUCCAUCUGGAUGGCAGUAUACGUGAAAGUAGCGAGGAGGACAGCUUUAGAUUAACGAACAAUCCGUCAAGACCAAACAGCAGAAGGGAAAAACAACAUGAACUCAAGAAAACAUUACCUCCAUGGAGGUAGUGGUGUUCGAAGCCCAAGAUAGCAGCAAUAUAACUGAUUGGACGGGACGAUAUAAAAAACAAAAAUUAAAGUCCGAACAUUGACACACUACAGUUUGUUCAGAUCGAGUGGCCCAGGUUGCCUUUCUAUUUGUUUAAGGAGAUUGUUUAGCUUCUUAUAUCGCACUAGUGCUUCAGCGCCCAUAGAAAAUUCAUCACUCGAGUCAAUUUUCCAGGUUGAAUUUCUUUUGCAUUUAAAGCACCUGAUUGCUACAAUGUCACACAUUGACAAUGACAAGGCCAUUUCAACUCCCUAGUUUGUUGCUAUAUAAAACUAAAGAGAAAGUACUUGUUUUAUCGACAUGUUAGAGUACAAGUAAAUGUGUGCACCUUGCACUCAUUUACUACUAAAUAUAAAUAAUAARAAUAAUAGAAUUUCA